CUCGUUUCGUCGCUGAAGCUGAACAACGCACUCUUCUGCUUGGGAUUCCUCACGCGAAUCUCUCUUCCAAUGUCUCUUACUGUCAAACUUGUUCACCACUCUAUAUGGAUACCCCCUUCACGUCCCCAUUCUCUGGGCAUCCAUGAUGGCGUACUUGUGCGCGGUUACUUUGCUAAGCGGAGUAAUACCCGUUUGCAUCACAGCCUCCAUAGAAGGCCUUGCUUGGCUAACAGCGGCGACAGUUUGAGUCAGGCAAAUGAGCAAUCAGAUGCAGGCAACCAUGAAGGUUCAUCAGAAAGAGAAGAUAAUAUGAAAGCGAAGUCUCUGACAGCCAAUGAGAUCCUGACAAAGCUGAAGAGAUACGGAGUUUCUGGCAUCCUUUCCUAUGGACUACUGAACACAGCAUACUACCUCGCGACAUUUCUUUUUGUGUGGCUUUACGUGGUUCCAGCACCUAAAAGGAUGGGUUAUCUUGCAGCUGUGGAGCGAUUUCUCAAAGUGAUGGCCAUGGUCUGGGCUGGUAGCCAAGUGACGAAACUUGUAAGAGCUGGAGGAGCUUUAGCAUUGGCGCCUUUUGUAGACAGAGGGUUAUCAUGGUUUACUGACAAGUUCCACUUUGAGUCUCAGGGAAAGGCGUUCAUGGCAAUCGUGACAUUUUGUUUUGGGCUGGCCAUUGUCGUCUUUUUGGUGAUCACAUUGCUUUGGGCAUGAUGCUGUCUCUGCGGCUCACCAGAGCAUAUAUCUGAUUAGAGCCACUUAACUUAUAUCACCUACGCAUUUGUAUUUAAGUAUGUUACAGUCAUCUCUCAGUCCUUCUUCCUUGGCAUCUUUCUUAAAAUUUCUGAAACUGUUAUGCUCCUUAAUUUUUGUCAAGGAGCUUUUUUGGUCCCUAAUGUAUGGAAAAAAUUAUAAUUAAUCCCUUGCAAUACU